CAUCUGUGGUUUUGUAAACUUUUUAAAACUGCAGAGAAUCCUCAAAGCCUAGCACAUUGAUUCAGACUGACAUCCAGCAGUUCAGACAGCACCAUCUAUCUCCAAGAUUACCGUACCUCUAUAGGAAACAUAAUGAAUGUAGGUGAAGUGAUGUACAUGUUGGUGGAGGUGCUCAUUGCCAUUAGCUGCUGUGUGGGUAACAUGCUGGUGAUUUUGUCACUGUGGAUCAGUAAGAGUAUCCAACAGCCAACCUACUGCCUUAUUGUCUCUCUGGCUGUGGCUGACUUCUUGGUUGGAUGCGUGGCCAUACCACUGGCUGUGGUCGUGGACGAACAAGUGGACACAUCAUUCAGCGCUUGUCUCUUCAUCAGCUGUGUGGUCAUCCUGCUCACUCUGGUCUCAGUUUUGACUCUCACAGCUAUUGCAGUGGACCGAUUCCUGCGGGUGUAUAUCCCACUCAGGUACAAAAGGACUGUAACACAAAGGCUUUCCUGGUUUGUGGUAGCAGCAUGUUGGCUCAUAGCGUUACCACUCAGUUUUACACCCAUGUUGGGAUGGUACAACCAUGAAAACUUACCUAAGGGAGACAACUCCACCAUUGUCUGCAAGUUCAUAACUGUGAUCCCCAUGUCCUACCUGGUCUACUUCAGUUUCUUCCUCUGUAACUUCACACCUCUGUCAGUGAUGGCUGCUUUGUACUGCUUCAUCUUUUGCACCAUUCAAGGAAACCUACGAGAGAAACCCGGCAACAGCACCCAAAAACAGUCUCAGAAGUACCUGAGGAAGGAAAAGCAACUGGCAGCAUCUCUGUUUCUGGUCUUGGUCCUGUUUGCUCUGUCCUGGCUCCCCCUCCACAUGAUGAACUGCAUUGUGUACUUUGGUUGGUCGAGUUAUGUACCACACUCAGCUUUCUAUGUUGGCAUCCUGCUUUCACAUGCGAACUCGGCUGUAAACCCAGUUGUAUAUGCGUUCAAAAUAGACAAAAUCAGAAGAGCCUACUUGGAUCUUUGGAGACAGUAUAUGUCACAAGAACAAAAAGAAUUGCAGAGCAGCCAGACAACAGACAACAAUCUACUCAGCAAUACCAACAGUGUACCGAAAAAUGACUGAGGGUACAUCUGCGUGCUCUUAAGUGUUCUGCAUUCAUGACAAUGCAGGAAGAUUUGUUGUUUUUACCAGGCUCAUCACUC